UAGUUUAUAUGUGAUGGAAAUCCAUUUAUUAAACUCAUACGUAAAAUAUCUACAUGUACUCCUAAAGUUUGCUGAGGACAGGGUUGGGUCAGCUCAGUUGCACAAGCAUGGGGAGAAUGAACAGCUGCUCACAAGCAUCACCCCAGUGAAAUGAAGAAGAAUUUCUCUCCUGGUGUUACAAGGGAAUAGCUGUGCUGUGGAGGAGGAACCUGCAGAUGGAUGAGCCUGUUUUCCAGAACCAGCAGAUGUCCUUUCUUGCAAAAAGAAGGGGACAAGGUGAAAAAGUCUAUUAUCUUUGUUCUCCGCGUGACGUUCAAGGCAAAUAAAGGGGGGGCAAUCUUCUGGGGGUGGAAACCAGGCACUAUCCAAUCAGUGAAGAUGGAGGUGGGAGGAACAGCUACUUCUUAAGCAAUGACAAAAGCCACACCCUUGUCCAAAGAUGAAAAGCAUCUUCGUUGGUGUUGCCCUCACUGCUGCCUGGAUGCUUCUCACUGCACCGCAUGCCUGUGGCUGGAUCACCCCGCAGCCCAAACAAAAUGUCUGGGUGACUUUAGCUAAAUCAAGAUAAUCUGUGUUUAUCCAUGGGCAACCUUGAUAACCCACUUUCCACCUGUUUAGUAGGAAUUCCUUUGGUUGCAGAUGAUUGGCCAGUUUAUAACUCAGAACUCCUUCGCACCACAGGUAAGAGACUCAAUCCAGUGGACAAUUGGGAUGAGUGGACAAAAAUGCUGCCAAACGCGCAGGAGGAGCCCCAAGAAUUGGAUUUGCUGGGGUCCUCCAGGGCAACAUUUUGUGUCAAAUUUUACUUUAGACACCCAAGACAAAACUUUGCCGAUUUGGAUUUGACAAAAAACACAUACCGAAAAGAUAUCUCCCCCAUUAACAAAGCUUACAAUUCCCCAGAUUGGUGCAAUUACACUGCCCACACACUUUCAGAAACUACUCUCCAUCCCAAAACCUUGCCCCGAGGAAUGUUUCUUAUCUGUGGCGAUCGAGUUUGGGCCGGAAUUCCCUCCCGCCUUCAGGGAGGACCCUGUAGCCUUGGCAGACUUUCUACCCUCACCCCAAACAUCACUCUGUUGCACAAUUGGAGAAAAGAUAGUGAAUCAAAACGCGAAAAAAGAUCCUACACUGAAUAUGAUGAAAGUUGUGACCCUAAAUUGUACAAUUGGAACAAACCCAAAAGAGUUACUGUCUCCCUGUUUCUACCCUGGGUAGCAGUAGCAAAAGCCCUUGGCAAAAUUGAUCAUUUGGGGUGCUGGCUUAGUAAGCAAGCCAACACUAAAUCUGCUGCCCUGAGUGACCUCUUGAAAGACGAAGAAACCACAAGACAUGCCUCUCUGCAAAACCGUGCUGCAAUCGAUUUCCUGCUGCUCGCCCGUGGACAUGGCUGCCAAGACUUUGAAGGGAUGUGCUGCUUCAACCUUUCAUCCCGCUCCACAUCCAUCCACACCAACAUCCAGAAGCUGCACGAACUCGUGAAGGAUGUGAAAAAGGAAACCACCCCCGACUGGGUCCAUGAUCUUUUUGGUCAAUGGGGACUGACGGGAUGGGCUGCAUCUUUGGUCAAAGGAAUUUUGUGGAUUUUGAUUGUAGUUGUUGUUGUGUUAGUUAUGUUUGCAUGCUUUGCUCAAUGCUUCAAGAAAGUUACAAAAAGCGUCUUUUUAAUAAAUACAGAGAGAGGAAUUGUGGAUGAUACAAUUUCUCCAAAGCCAUCUUCCCCUGGCCCUUGGAACUUGCUGUAA